CCGGUUUGUCAGACGAAGUAUUUUGUCGGUGUUGGUGUAGUGGGAUGAUGUUUCAGGACUUCACAUAUAGUGGAUGAAGUUAUCGCAAAAGCUAACACUUUUGUGGACGUUUAAGCGUGCAGUUUCAUUAUGUAUCUCCAUCGAUGUAAUUUGUGGCCGUAAUUGUUUAUUAAACCAUAAGUGAUGUUUUUUAUUUAUUCAUUCAAAUAACCUGUACUUCAUUAUCUCCUUGCUGUGUUUUUUCGGGUUGAAAUUCGCGAAGAUAUUUACUUUUCUAAAAAAAAAAAAAGUUCAUAAUCUGUGAUAAUAAUUGUGUGAGAUUUUGAUUUGCCUUUAUAGAAGUACAACCUCUGUACAUAAUGUAAUCAACUAAGACCAAAUAAAAAUUUGUGAGCGUAGUUAGCAAACAUAACGAGCGAACCAUUCUUUAGAAAAUGGAAAACCGGGAGAACAAUUCACAGUAGUUUACUUCUAUGUCUAUGUUAAUACUGCGUGAAGUCCAGAAAUACUUUGAGGAAAAAUAAUUUAAAACUUUCAAGAAACAUGUUGGACUAUUAAGGAUCACUUAUAAAUUCCAUGUAAUUCUGAUGAUUUGACAAUAUUUAUCAGAAUGAUGGUGAAAGAAAAUUUAAUGAAAUGGAUUGCCUAUAUAAUUGCAGUUCUGCAUGUGGGUUAUGCACAAAUAUAUCGAUGUCAAUCUCCAUACACCUGCAAAAAUCUGACUGACUGUGUGAACUCACUGAAGAGACCAGAGCAACUUCUUUUCUUGCCUUGUUCGAGUGGUGAUGAAGUCAAAGUGUGCUGUCCACGUUCAGACAACCUUUUGAGGCAUAAUAAUUUUCAGUUAUUGAAUGGCACUUGUGGAGAAUUAUCAGAUAUAAACAAAAUAAUUUCUGGUCAAAAUGCCACGAUAGGACAGUUUCCAUGGAUGGCACUCCUAGGAUAUGAAGGUAGAACCCCAGGUUCAACUGUAUUCUCAUGUGGAGGAACCGUUAUUAACAAGAGAUACAUCUUAACAGCUGCUCACUGUGUUUCUAUUGAAAACCAGAGAUUGAAAACUGUUCGUUUAGGUGAGCUUAAUUUGUCUACAAACCCUGACUGUGAAGAGUACUGUGCUGAUCCUGUGGUUGAGAGAGAAGUUGAAAGCACUGUUAUCCAUCCAAAGUAUAAUAAUCCAUUCCGUAAAAAUGAUAUAGCCUUGGUCAGAGUCAGUUCAGAUAUCCCAUAUACAGAUUUUAUAAGGCCAAUCUGUCUUCCAUUUGAAAAUUCAAAUAACACUGGAAGCCAAGUCAAAUAUCAGAUUGCUGGCUGGGGCAAACAGGAUUCAUUGGACACAAAUGGAAGCACUGUACUGCAGUUUGCAGUUGUAUCUAUAACACCAACAGAAGAAUGCAGUCCUUUGCAAUCAAGGCAAGUUCAACCACUAUCAAAGGCUACACAAAUGUGUGCAGGUGGACAAGGACCUGAUGCAUGCAAUGGUGAUAGUGGUGGUCCACUUAUGAAAUACACAAAUGAUUCAAAACCAGUACAGCAAGUUGGAAUUGUCUCAUUCCGAACAGGAACUGAGUGUGGUCCAACAGCAAGUGUUUAUACGAGAGUUGAUGGUUUUCUUGAAUGGAUACUUGAUAAUAUUGAACCAUAAGCUUGAAAGUUAUUCACUGUCCCAAGUAUGGUGUUAAGGGCAGAUAAAUCAGCUUUAUUUAUCACAGAAUGAAAUAACAACAUGAAAAUGAAAAGUAAAGCAGCUGUUGAAUUUAUCUAGAAGAGUCAGUGAAGAAGCUACCUUCAUUUAUAAAGAAGUUAAUAUGCUGAAAAGAGAAGUAAGAAUAUAUACAGAUCUGAGAUUUGCUCAAAAGUGUUUUUUUAAUUUUUUUUUAAUUUGAGAUGCUGGAGGAUUUUUAUCUAAGAUUUUUGUAUUCAUUUUUCUCUUUUUACAAUAAAAAAUUGCUCUGAUUUAGGGCACAGUUGAGUGCUUUGUCAUAAUGUCUGUUAAUGCAGAAAAUAUUCAAUUUUUAGUGAGCUCUAUUUAUAUGAUUUUAUUGGUUAUAGAAAUUGUCCAUUAUGGAGCUCUAGUUUCAAAUGUUCAUUGAGUUUUGUAAUCCAUACAAAUCUCAUUAAAAAUAUUGCUUUUA